AUGGACUCAUUAUCCAACUGUGAUCUUCUACAAGCAUUCGAUGUAUACUGUAGCAAAGAAGGUGUGGCUGGCAACGGAGCUCUCAUGCGUCUUGCACCUGUACCACUAUUUUUCUGGCGACGUCCUGCAGUGGCCGUUGACUAUUCUGGCAUUAGUGGAAAAAUUACUCAUGGAGAUAAACGAGUUUAUGAUGCAUGUUGCUAUUAUGGAGCUCUUAUUGUAGCUGCACUUAAGGGAGAAACGAAGGAUGAUUUGCUUAGUGAAAAAUUUUACACGAAUCAUCGAGAAUGGUUUGGUGAUGAAGAUCUUCAUGACGAUAUUAAGACCAUCGCUUGCGGUUCGUACAAGAAAUCAGGUGGCUAUCACGAUGGAAUUCGAGGUAAAGGAUUCAUUGUGAAUGCUCUGGAAGCUGCUUUAUGGGCUUUUUGGAGUGAUGGGAACUCCUUUGAAACAGGUGCCAUUAACGCUGUUAAUCUCGGGGAUGACACUGAUACAACAGCAGCCAUCUAUGGUCAAUUAGCGGGUGCGCAUUACGGUUACGAGAAGUUGCCAGAAAAAUGGUUAAAUUGUAUCUACGCCAAAGAUUUUAUUCUAUGUGUAAGUAGCUGGAUUACCUAUGAAGGAGAAAGAUGGUUCAAAAACCAUACAGUUCCUAUCAUCAGUACACUUAUAAAUUCUUUUGAUAACACGUUGUAUAAUUCAAGACCAAGUGAUUCUAUAAAUUUGACGACACCACGCAUACGUACAAGCCUUGAAAUUACUUCAGGUCUAGACAUAGCGUUGGGCACAAUUGUACGCAAAACUAUCAAUCCUAAUGGUCGUAUUGGAGUCUUUUAUGAUGCAUGGCACGAUCGUAUUGUAGAAACAUCAAGUAUACAACUGAACAUAAAGGAAGGCUACUCAAAUUUACCUAUAAACGAAGCCACUACUACUGUACGCGAUUCUUUAGCACCAUCACCAAAACAAUUUGAUCUAUCACCAGCUGUGUCUUCUACGGAUCAGAAGAUUACUAUUGUUCUUAUAGGUAAAUCUGGUGUUGGAAAAUCGAUGUUAAUUAAUACUAUUGCCAAUUGCUUAAAAUUCAAGGAAUUGCCUCAAGUUAAGUCGACUUCAUCAGCUAUGCAUGUUGCUGUCCCGUUUCUCUUUCCCUUAAAGACUGAUAUAUGCUCGCGUUUCAUUUUAGUCGGAAAAGAUGACUCUAACGAAAAUUGUGGUCAUCGUUAUCCUGGUCAACCCAGAACUCAACGUUGCAAAUUACAUACAUUUGACAUCGAAAAUGGACAAAAUCUAUGUAUCGUUGAUACUCCAGGCUUUUCUGAUACAGGCAAUCAACCUUAUAAUGAAACAACUAUUCAACACAUUCUACAAUGCAUCUCCAAUUGGACUUUAUUACCUUCGUAA